CUCCCUCGAAGUUCAGGCAUCAGUAGGUGGUAAGGUUGGUGCUGAUCGCCCUGCUAGUCUUUUUUUUAAUGUUGGUUCGCAGAAUGGAGUUUUGUUCAAAACAGUGGUAGAUAUGGCGACAGGUCAGCUCUCUGAUGCUCAUUCCCGAUCCUUAGGACUGAGAGCCCCAAAGAUAUUCUGUGUCAUUGUGAGAGGCCAACGUGCAAUGCUAUGCUUGUCAAGCCGCCCUCGGCUUGGCUAUAUUCACCGAGGGCAUUUUCUGUUGACAUCGCUUUCUUAUGAGACACUUGAAUUUGCUGCAUCAUUUUCAUCUGAUCAGUGUGCUGAAGGUGUGGUGGUUGCUGCUGCUGGGGAUGCGUUGAGGAUCUUUACUAUUGAAAGACUGGGUGAAACAUUUAAUGAAACUGUGAUUCCUUUAAGGUAUACACCAAGAAGGUUUGUUCUUCAACCCAAGCAAAAAUUAUUGGUAAUUAUUGAGAGUGAUCAAGGAGGAUUUGCAACGAAAGAGCGUGAAGCCGCUAAAAAGGAAUGCUUUGAGGCUGCUGAGGGAGAAGAGUUAAAGAACUCUAAUGUAAACCUGCAGUUGGAAAAUUUUGAAUUGGCAGAAAGGUUAGAAGCCAUUCAAGCCUUUGCAAGUUUUGUUUUGAAAUGUCCAGAGGUAGAAGUAAGGAAACUGAACCACAAUUCAAGACACGAAAAUGAAGAUUUGCCAAAGAAAUUGGGCAACUCCAAACAAAUCAAUGCGAGCUGAUGUAGAGAGCCAGUCUA